UACAAAAUAGACCAAAUCUAAACAAAAGAAGUUCUCUUGUGAAAAAUACGAAACGCCCGCAAAAAUGGAACAGCUUUCGGGUGUUAUGAUAAUAAUUAUCAUAGGCGGUGGCGUACUGACUUUUGUGAUGCUCUUCAUAUUUGCCAAACGCCAGAUAAUGCGGUUCACGCUCCGUAGUCGUCGCGGUCCCCAUGUGCCAGUAGGCAAUGAUGCCAAGAAGGCGUUGCGCCGUGAAAUUGAACGCAGAUUGGACUGCAUACAAAAGAUAGCACAGGAGCCAAAGUUGCUAUGGACCGAUACCGACAAGUAUAUAUUGCAGCCAGGCACGGAGCAGGAACUGCCACCCUAUUACUAUCGAAUGAAGGCCGUGGACGAUGUUAAAUUGGUAGAGGCAGAGAUAGCGCGUGCGGAUGGCAGCAUACGUCACGCCCAUGAAAGCUUGCGAGCCUUUCUGUUGACAACCCUCUCCGUUACGCUUAAUGGUACUGGGCAGCGCAUAAUACAUCAGUUCUGCGACACAUAUGAGCACGCGCGCCACGAUCCAAACGAAUUUGGAAAGGACGAAUACGAGACGUAUCAUCAUAUGCUCCUGAAACUACUGGAAGCUGCUAAGCAGCUGAAAAACUACAAUUCUAGAAAGGCUUCACCUGCACGUACACCGCGUAAACAGAAAAUGCAUUCGUUGCUCGAUCCAGCUCGGCUGCGUCCGCCACCCGUCGUGGAGCCACAGAACGAGCUUGCAGCUGGUCAGCAUGCCAAAGUGAACAUGACGCUGGGACUGCAGGGCGAUGAACUGGUGGCUGCUGAGCUGGCCACCAAUCCGCUGCACUUGCAAGCACCUGCCGAGCGAGAUCUUAUAAUCCGGAACCGUAUAAAGACACCCACACUAGAUGAUAUUGUGGUUGAGACAGCAGCGGAGCAGCCUCAUGGCGAUGCGAACACCAGCAUUGCGGAGCAUGAAAUAAUGAGCAUCUCGUCGGUGCAGCUGCAGCGCAACUCGAGUGUUGUUUGAAGUUAUUCCCAGAUGUCGGAA